GCAAGACAACCAGUAUUCUGUACUGCUCUGCUGCUGAUCUUCAGAGGAUGCUGUCAGAAGGUUACCUUUACAGAAUUGCCUACCUCUGUGAAGACUCUGAGCUCUGCACCAGCCAAGCAGUGGAGGAAAUGGUGUAUGAAAUGAGGGCCAUUAAUUGUUCCUCCAGGGAUGAAGCACAAGGAAAAAGCCUCCUUCAGAGAUGCAGAUCUGCUGGCAAAUGCAUUUCUUCAAUUCACUCUAGAGGUAGCAAACAUAGCAGAAGGCAGAAAGACAAACUCCAGCAGCCCAUGCAGCACCCACUGCCUGAAGGGCAGGUGUCUCCAGCUAUGGAUGUCUGUGAAGGGCUGGCAAGAAGAGACACCUACCUGGUUCCAUCCUCCUGCAAAAGCAUUUGCAAGAACUACAGUGAUUUGCACAUAGCUGGGGACUGCGUGGUGCCUAUUAGCUCAGUGGCAACCGAUUUUACCUGUGACAGUGGCAUAGGCCCCUUCCUGGAGUCCUCAGAGAUUCCUCCACCUAUGGAGUCCAUGCGGGUCCCCCCCAGCGAGACAGGCCGCAAGCAGGCUCAAGGCUUCUCAUCAUGCUGGCGCGUGACAAGCUUGGUGCCACACCAGCAGCCCCUCUCUGACUCAGCCCUCAACGACUACCUGGAGCAGAAGCUGAUGGAGCUGUACAAGCAGUACAUCAUGGACAGCACAGCCAACAGGGCAUCCCCCACACAGAUCCUGGCCUCAGAGCUCAUCAUGACUAAUGUAGACCAAAUCAGCACACAGAUAUCACGAGAGAGGAAAAUGGAGACCACCAAGGCCAAGGACAUUGUCAUCAGCCGCUUCUUGCAAAUAGCCAGUGAACAAAUAUUCUCAGAAAUUAGCACACCCAGUCUGCAUAUUUCCCAGUAUAGCAACACUAAUGCAUAGUAUUAGAAUGUCUGCAGCUAGAAAGCUCUUACAUUCUGAAAACUCAAUUUUUAGUUUUUUUUCUUUUAAGGCAUCUUUCUGCUUCAUAAAAAUUUAUUUUCUGUCUACCAGUUAAACCUCCCAGCACAUAUUAAGUAAAAAUGUCUGUACUGCACAGAUGUCCCUCUAUC